UCUCUCGGAAGUUUCAAGUUUGAUUAAACUGUCUGUCGUCCAUCUGAUGGUUUCGUUGACUAGAAGGGUCAAAUAAACGAAAGCAUUCAUGAGUCAAUAUUCCGCACAAAAAGCAGACAAUCGGAUGAAUUUCAAGUUAUUCACUAUAAUCAUUCUGAGUUAUAGAGUUGUUUAUAUGAGUUCAGGAAUAGGCGCUAACACAUAGUGUAUGGAUUUGUUUGCCAGAGCACCGCUAGCACCUUUCGAGGGUGGUGGUGUAUACGAUGAUUUUGACGGUUCUGAGACAUCCUCAUUGGUAGCUGAUAUUGACCAUCAAAUAAAACGAGUUUCGUCGAUCCCAUUUGAUGCUAGUUUCUCUUUUGAGGAUUCACUAACUGAUCUUAUUGGGAAUUUUGACGAAAGGAUAUAUCAUUGUUUCGAAAAUUUUGAUGUGGACCCUGAAAACGCACGAAGGAGUGAUUUUUCAGGGAAUGUUCCAACUUUAAGUGACGUUAAGCAAUGGUGGGCUGCAGCUACGAGAGAGUUAGUACCCACUGAGUCUUACCCGCUUCGCAGCUUACCAAGUAAUGUUAAUUUGUAUGAUCUCGAUCAAUUCGAACUUGCAGAUGCCGAUGGAAUUACUGAAGAUGGAGUUAUAAAAACAAGCUUGUUGCAAACGAGUAGUGCAUUAAAUUACUCAAACGAAUCUAUUUAUUCAGGACGAGGCACUGUUACUACUUUAUCCUUGUCAUCUGUAUCAGUUAGUCCUCGCUCAUUAACUCUUGAUCGAGGUUUCCCAAAUACAUUUGCACAAAUCCCCGAUAGUGGAAUCUCAAACACUGAUGAAGAGCUAAACGGUUAUUUUAAAGAUUUUGAUGAUGAAAACAUCCUUGAGGUUUUCCAAUCCCACCAUCCUUCCCUACCUUUGAAAAAAACUGAAAGUUGGGUAGAUGACCUUCAAAAUUUGAAAACCAGCGUUCUCAAGCUUUAUGCUCAGCAAAUGAAUGACGAAAUUAUGCAACUUUCAGAUUGCUUAGUGGAUUCUCUGGCGGAACGAGACGAGCUUUUAAUGCUUCGUGAAGCCAGCGAUGACUUUAUUAUAUUACUUAACUUGGUCCACGAGCGAAAAACUCAGGCAUCCAAAGCAGCUCUUCUAGCAACAGCCAAAAGUUUGAUUCGUUCCAAAACUUUGUUUCGUGUCACUACUCCUUGGUUUACUAAAAGACCUCACAUAUCUGCUUCUAGUACACUGUCGUUAGUUGGAUCUUCAGAUAUCGAAAAACCAGGCACCACAUCACUUACCAGAAAUGAAUCAAACGGACACGUCCCAGUGAAUUCAGUUCAUUUAGAUUUACAAAAUAAUUCUGUUGCUUAUGUGGCCUCCCUUAAUCUUCAUUCAAAACUAAGAAGACCCAGAACGCAACCAAUACAUAUUCACAGGACAAAUAAUUCAGAUGUUAAGAGUGUUUCCAACCCAGUCAAUUCGAUUGGUUCUAAACAACUAAAUGAAUCACAUCUAUCUGAACGUGCUAAUUUAUCUUUAGAAAGCAUAAAAUCAAUACCUACCAGACAAGCAAAAAUACGAUAUGAAGCUCUCGUGAAUUUGUGCAACUCUACUAAUUGGCCAAAUGGUAAACCACAAAAUAGCCGAUCCUUACUUUUAUGUAUACCAUAUCGAAUCAAACCGGGUGUUGGAAUUUCCAUACAAGAUUUACGUCUACUUAAUCAAAGUGAGUUUUUAGAAUGAAAUCAGCCCAUAAAGUUAAUGUCUACUAGUCUUAGCUAUAUAGGAAGGUGCAGGCUUUCAUGUAUAAAUCUGUGGAAUAAUCGACACUUGCGAUUAGAAAUCCUAGGUUAUGUAGUUUGUCAGUCAAAAUGACAAAGUUGAAUUUAUUGCAGAUUUUCCUUGAUAUGAUAAGUUUAAUAUUGUUCCAUAUUUUUGAUUCUUCUUCCCCAUUCACUUUUUAUAUUUGUCGUUACAGUAUUUUCACUCGUCCUUUUCAUCUAAGUAGUUUCCUAUCUCGUUCUACUGCUGUAAGGUGUAGUAACUUGGGUCAAGUCAUAAAUUGUCUAUGAUAUACUGACUAGUUAAUGCAACAUUUCAGUGUACAUAACCAAAAAUGAUAAUUGCAAACUAAUCCUAUCGCAAGGAACUGAAAAAAAGGUAAUGGAAGUCUUUAGUUCUAGGUAAUAUGAAAUUGACUCAUGAAUUCAACUAUAAAAUAAAGAAGUGAUUCAGCCUGUAACAAUAGGAAAUAACAUUGUUAGAAGUAAAAAUAAUUUCAGAUUUUAUUAAUAAGCGAAAAAUUGUCUCCUGUUGUCAUUAAUCAAUGCAAUUAAAACAUUUUAAACUACUGUGAUAUGUUUUCUGUCAAUCACAAAUAGUAAGCAACAUAGCUUACUACUGUUAUAAUUAGCUUUUUUUAUGCAUCUUACAGAAAUCAAAUGGAUUACUUGUUUUUUUUCGCUCUACACCUCAAAACAUUUAUUUUAUUCGAUUGAUUAGUAUGUUGAAUUUCUGGCAUGGAUUUAGAAAAUGGUUGUCCCUACUAAACAUGUCUUUCCACCAUAGAUGUAUUGUAGUGAUUCGUUGUGUAGCAUGUUUACUAAACCUUGCCUAUUGGAAACUAGAUAUAUGGAAUAUUAAGUUCUAUCUCAUUUAGUGUAUUUGAUAUUCGAGUUUAAUUAUUUUUUCUAUAUGCUGCUGUUCUUGAAAACCCCAAAAUAGAGAAAUUACUCGAAAGUUACAUAAUGAACGUUACCAAUUCUAAUGACAUCGUUAACUGGAUAAAAACUGUUGAACCUCUUCGGUGUUAUGAUGCCCAAAAGUUAAAUGGUGUUUCAUACCAAAAUCAACAUCGUAGUCAUCUCCUAUCGACAUCAAUGCAAACGCAAUGUGCUUGAUUGUCUUUCAUAAUUCAUCGUUUUUCCUCAUGCUUCCAUCCUAAUUUACAAAGUAUAUUGCAUUUUCUAAAAAUCUUUUCAAUGCUUAGUGUGUGAAUUUUAAGCUUAAAUUUUUGUUGGCAUUAAUAACCAAUUCUCAAAUUGAAUAUGCUGGAUAGCGUAUGCAUUUUAUUACUUUUAACAAAUUACAAUUCAGUUUUGUCUAAUGCCUACAGCUUUUACUACAUUAAAAUUGAACACGAUUUGAUUUACCACAUAUAUAUUUAUAUAAUUUGAGCCACUAGUGCUUUUUUCAACUUCAUUUUUUCAUCUCUUUAAAUUUUAUUCACUUAAGUUGUCAUGUAAUUUCACUAAUUGGUUAUCUUUUUUUGUUACCAUACUUAUCAUUUACUUUUGUUGUUUUGUUUCUAUAUGAAUUCAACGUUAGAGGCAAGUUUCUAUUAAUGCUUUUGUUGUAUAUCACACAAUAAAAGCAUUUGUCAACAUGCUUUCACCAACUAGGGAAACAGUGUUCAUGAUUCUUGCUCACUAUUGGCUUCGGUACUAAACAUGAUUAUAACUUGUUCUUUGUUGUUAAGAUAGCCUUUUUAACUGUACUUAUAUAUUACAUAUUUCUUGUUCAUUCUUGGCAUUACUAUAUGCGCUUUAAAAGAAAUGCGUGUUACCUUCAUCUUCCUGUGAAUUGUGCAAUAUUUUAUUGUUUUAAUCAUGUCAUAUUUACAGUGCCCUUACUAUUUUAUUCUCGUCCAAUUAGGAAUCGAUUAAAGUUAAAGUUGAAAAAUAACAUCAUAGACUAAUUUGACCAACUUAGAGCUGUCCUAGUUGAAAAAGUAGUAUAAAAUAAUCUUUUUUAAGGUACUGUUUUAGUCUUGUCAUGGUACGACGCAAUAGAACGUCUUAUUACGGUUUGCAACCAAGGUGC